UAGAGAAGGCUUACUUCCUGAUGCCGAUUUCUUAGCUAUUUGUCCAGGAAGAAGCUGAACUACGACUUGGCUUGUCGCAGAAUCUGCGACCGAAGUGUUUUUUUAUUAUUAUUAUUUCAAACCUUAAUAAAACCACAAAUAGUCUCAGUCUAUUAGUUACGGGAGGAAAUGUAAAGGUUCUUGAUUCCCUUGAGGACUUCAAAGGACCGGCGCUCCAGUUACCGUACUAGAGGUAUCCCUAACACACCCCGCUUUUUUUUUUCAUGCGAACGCAUUUCAAAAGAAGAGAAAAAACAUGUUGAGGAAAAUCCUGAUCCUCUGCCUUGCGGCUUUCGCUCAGCUGAAUAAGGUCUGUGCUCUGCCGUACCAAGCAGAAAGUGACUUAUGCAAAAGUGAAAACAAAUAUCUGGAUGAAAAUUCAAACCUGUGUUGUAGCAAGUGUCCUCCAGGAACCGGCCUGAAGAUCAAGUGCACCCAAGGCAGAGACUCCAUCUGUGAGCCUUGUGAGCCGGGGAGCUACAACAGCAACAUGGGUUAUGCAAAUUGUUUCAAAUGCCGGUCGUGCCGAGAAGAUCACAACUUAGUUUAUACACAGAAAUGCACAAGCACAACAGAGGCAAUAUGCAGCUGCCGAGAAGGAUGGUACUGCCGCAUGAUGAACCUCGGGUCGUGUAAGACGUGCAUUCGCUACAGCAGUUGCCCACCUGGAAGUGGAGUUUUGGAGAAAGGAACACAGACCUCCAAUGUGAAAUGUAAGACGUGUGAUCCUGGGACCUACUCCGACAAACACUCCAACACCCAGCAGUGCCAGAGACACGCCGACUGUACAUCCCAAGGAAAGGCUGUUCUUCACCAUGGCAACAGCACAGCAGAUACAGUGUGUGGCAGUGCAUUCCUCACUCCUCCAACCCCCCAUGUGCCGAAUAUGGUGCCAGAUACCACCCGACUUGUCAAUUCCUACUCAACACCCCCAGGACACAUUGAACUCUCUCAGAAACAUCAAGGAUUCCAGGGUUCCAUGUUUGUCGUCUUUGGGAUAAUUGGAGUCAUGCUUGUGCUAACGGUGAUCAUCAUAGCCAUCACCUUGGCCUGCAGGAUGAAAGGUGGAAGAAACACUGACCUGGAAGUCAUUAAGAAAUUCCUCCCAGCGAAGGAGGAGGCCCGGCACCCGUCUUGCUCCUCCAGCUCCAGCCAAUCAGAGUCCAGUCAUGGUGUGUGGGUGGGGCCAGUAUCCAUGGAAAAAAACAAACUUAACGUCAGCUUUACGACCACCAUCAACCUGCAUCAGGGAGCUUCCACCCAGGCCCACCCCAUCCCCCCACUCUCGGCAGCAGAGGUGUCACCUGGAAGACUCAUUAAGACUGACUCCAACUUGUCCUUGUCCCAAGAAGAGAUGCUUGACACACUUCAGAAGGAUGGGGGCAUGGAGGUGCCAGUGGCAGUACAGGAGAGCGGGAAGGCUGUGUGCUGAUGGACAUGGUAAGGGGGGGGGUGGCUGGGAGCCGAUUGGGACGUCCUUGCUGCUCUUUGCAUUCAUAACGUCUCAGAGGCUCCCUUGUAUUCUCUCAGUUCACCUGAGCCACAGCACACCGGGAAUGGACUAGCGGGGACAAGAGGUCACACAAGGCAGAGGUGACCAUGAGGCUAAGCCUGUCAGCCAAUGAGGUCAUUGCUUAUCCGCUUGAGCGCUGAGGCCCCCAGCCGGCUUGUGCUACCACCAUCACAGUGCUGUGCACAGCAGAAGCUGCUCUUACAUCCUGUCCAACAGCUCCUAGGUUUGAGCCUAAGCAGCCCUGCAGCCCCCAGCCAGCCAAAGACACCGUAAGACUGGCUGUCGCUCACCUGUGGGUAGUUACACGGUAUGUGGAGGUAACAUUCACGCAAGGAUUUUGGAAUUUUAUGUCUAUGGCACUUGCACUUUGAACAUUUUCUAGAUACACCUAGCUGGAGGUUAAUUACACUUUUCUUUGAUGGAGUGGCAGUUCCAACAGAAGUAUCCCCUGGCCUGCACCUCGUGAGUCUGUGAGGAUACGAUAUUUUUGGAAAACAAGGGAUUUUAUCUGCAGUCUUUAAAGUGGAAUGUAGGUUUAACUAGAAAAAAAAUUGGAAAUGGAGGCUUGUUUAAUACCGUUAUGUCAAACACUUAGAAAUGAACACCAUUGUAUAGGUAGGUUUUUAAAAGCAGUGUUCUUAAUGUGCAAAUUGACCUAAUUCAUUCUUCUUGAGAAUGCAAGAUGGAUGGCUCGUAAGGGACGUGUCAAAAAAUGUGUCAUAGAAAGAGCAAAACAUUUACUUUUAAGUUAGUGUUGUGUAAUGCUAAGCUACUACUAAGAGGCACCGGUUCAAACCCAUCCUCAGCACAACUGCAGGUCCUUAUGCAAGGUCCUUAACCCCCAGCUCCCUGGGACAACUUACUCCCUCUGUGGACAACUUACUCUAUGAAGAGCAAGUUAUGGGAGGUAGUUUCAGACAAUUUCCCGACAGGGAUUAAUAAAGUGAUGAUGAUGAUUAGAAUGGUGUGUGUGUGUAUGGUGUGUGAGUGUGUCCUGCAAUGGGCUGGCCCCCCAUCCUGGGUUGUUCCCUGCCUCGUGCCCAUUGCUUCUGGGAUAGGCUCCGGACCCCCUGCGACCCAGUAGGAUAAGCGGUUUGGAAAAUGGAUGGAUGGAUGGAUGGAUGGAUGGAUGGAUGGAUGGAUAGAUUUUGGCGGCAUCUUGUGGCCAUUUUUAUGCAACACGAUUUAGUAUGUUGUGUACGGCUUUUUGUAAAGUGGACCGUCAAUCUUCUCAUUUUGAAUGUAACCCCUUUUUACGACGUAUUUCUUUCAUUUUAUAAUUCUUUUAAAGAAUUAUCAACAGUUAUCUAACACUGGUAUUGUAGCAUUUUGAUGCUACUUCAUAGUAGUUUGUGAAAAACAUUUAGUUUCUGUAAAAUAUUCUGUAAAAUAUAUGUUAAUUCUAUAAAAUGUUUAAUAUCAGCAUUAGGCUGAAGCAGUUAUAGAAACCUUGUACCCCACUGGUAUAGUAGGGUGAGUAUUGUCAGAAUGGCACAUGUGGCAAAAUGGGACAGUUAAACUUUGUGUUUAGUAACAGCUUAUUUUCUCUUCUUGUUCAAUGGGCAUUAGUGUAUUUAAAAUGAUACCAAAUUUGAAUGCAAAACAUAGAAAUUAAUCUACAAAUUUUUCCAGAAAGCAAAUGUUUAGAAACUGUCCCAUUUUAACAAUCAUCGUCCUAUUGUAAUAUAUUUUAAUCUAACCAAAUAUCCACCUGAUGAUGACUGGUAACCUUUUCUGUUUGUUGCUUUUAAAUUUAAUAUCAUCUUUUAUAUGAAUGAAACUGGGGGGGGGCUCUGCUCUUUUUUUUUUGGUUAUUGCUAUUGCACCUUUUUCCAAGUUCUACAUGUUGAUUCUGAUUUUAAUGUAUGGUUCAUAAAGUCGCUGUUGUUAAUAAGCAAUGUCAUACCCCACUGUGAAGUCGUUCUUAAUAUGUUUCUGUUCUUCUGAUGCAAACACUGCCUGAGCAAUUAAAUCUUUGUACACGAAACAUAUCUUGCUCUCAUGGGUUACAACAGGAAGCCCCGCCCUUGCAUUAUAAAGCUAAGCAGUUUCUGCAAA